CCGUAGCGGCUUCCUCUCCGGGAAUAGAAAGUCCCGCGGCUCCCUGCAAGCGGGAAAACACCGGGAGUCCGGGGCCAUGGCGGCGGCGGGGAGGUUCGUGGUGGUCGGGGGCGGCAUCGCGGGCGUGACCUGCGCGGAGCAGUUGGCUCUGCAGUUUCCAUCAGAAGAUAUCCUCCUGGUAACAGCAUCUCCUGUUAUUAAGGCAGUUACAAAUUUCAAGCAGGUUUCUAAAAUUUUAGAAGAGUUUGAUGUUGAAGAACAAGCAAGUACAAUGUUGGAAAGUCGCUUUCCCAACAUUAAAGUUAUACAAUCCGGAGUAAAGCAACUUAAGAGUGAAGAACAUUGCAUUUUAACAGAAGAUGGCCAUCAGCAUGUGUAUGGGAAACUCUGUCUGUGUGCUGGAGCAAAGCCAAAGUUGAUUUGUGAAGGAAAUCCUUAUGUGUUAGGCAUCCGUGAUACAGACAGUGCUCAGGAAUUUCAGAAACAGCUUACUAAAGCAAAAAGAAUAAUGAUCAUAGGGAAUGGUGGUAUUGCACUUGAAUUAGUGUACGAAAUUGAAGGCUGUGAAGUGAUUUGGGCCAUUAAAGAUAAAGCCAUUGGGAAUACUUUCUUUGAUGCAGGAGCAGCUGAAUUCUUGACUUCAAAGCUUGUUUCUGAAAAACCAGAGGCUGAAAUCACACAUAAAAGAACCAGAUAUACAACUGAAGGAGGGAAAAGGGAAGCAGGAGGCAAAGCUAAUGCUGAUAACUUAGGCAGUGCCCUGGGACCAGACUGGCAUGAAGGCUUGAAUCUUAAAGGAACUAAAGAGUUUUGUCGUAAGAUUCACAUUGAAACAAUGUGUGAAGUAAAGAAAAUCUACCUUCAGGAAGAAUUUAGAAUUCUGAAGAAAAAGUCCUUGACUUUUCCAAGAGAUCAUCAAUAUAAGUCAGCUGCACUUGACAAAGAGAUGUGGCCUGUGUAUGUGGAAUUGACCAAUGAAAAGAUAUAUGGCUGUGAUUUCAUUGUGAGUGCCACGGGAGUUACACCAAAUGUGGAACAUUUUCUCCAUGGUAACAAUUUUGCCCUAGGAGAAGAUGGUGGACUCCAGGUGGAUGAUCACAUGCACACUUCCCUUCCGGAUGUCUAUGCCGCGGGUGACAUCUGCACUGCGUCCUGGCAACCUAGCCCUGUCUGGCAGCAGAUGAGACUGUGGACGCAGGCCAGACAGAUGGGAUGGUACGCAGCAAAGUGCAUGGCUGCAGCCAGUGUGGGAGACUCCAUUGACAUGGACUUCAGCUUUGAACUGUUUGCUCAUGUAACAAAAUUUUUCAACUAUAAGGUUGUGCUGCUGGGAAAAUACAAUGCACAGGGCUUAGGUUCAGAUCAUGAAUUAAUGCUGAGAUGUACCAAAGGGAAAGAAUAUGUCAAAGUCGUCAUGCAAAAUGGACGAAUGAUGGGCGCUGUCUUAAUUGGUGAAACUGACUUAGAAGAAACAUUUGAAAACUUGAUUUUAAACCAAAUGAAUCUUUCAUCAUUCGGAGAAGAUCUGCUAGAUCCAAAUAUUGAUAUAGAAGAUUAUUUCGACUAAAAUGGCAGUUUCUUCAAGAACCACAUAGAAGUAUAUUUGAAGAGACAAAAAUCAUAAGUGAAUAAAAUGUACCACAUUGAGCCCCUGUGUUCUUAGUACCAGACUGCCGAAGCACGUUUGCAGCCUUCUUCUGGAAGUCACCUGAAUUUUCUUGUCCCCCUUUAUCAUC